AUGCCUAACAAUCCAGAAUGGGUCAAGGCCCUGAAACCCUCUGGCCCUCAAGGUUCUGAGCUGCUCUCGCAAGAGAGAGCGAAGUCCAAUCUCAAUGUCGAUCAGCUCGCCGACUUCAUGUUUACGCGAGAAAUACUCGAGAGAAAUGGACGAAUACUCAAGAUACUGCAAUCUGAUCCUGUCUUCGACAAAUCACAAAACUACUUUCGAGGAAGAAUCAGCAGGAUAGAAGCUGCGUUGGCCAGGGGAAAGAGACUGCAGCAGCUGCAGGUCAAACACAACUGGACAAGAGAUGAGUACCAGACCGCUAGCGACCUCAUCAGCGAGCCUACGCCUUACGGUCUACAUUCGAGCAUGUUCCUCGUCACCCUCCGCGAGCAAGGUACUCCCGAACAGCACAAGCUCUUCCUUGAGAAGGCGGAGGCAUACAAGAUCAUUGGCUGUUAUGCCCAGACUGAACUGGGUCACGGUUCGAACGUGAGAGGGUUGGAAACCACUGCUACCUGGAACUCUAGCGACAAGACCUUUACAAUCAACUCCCCGUACCUCACGGCCUCGAAAUGGUGGAUUGGGUCACUCGGAAGAACGGCCAACCAUGCCGUGGUUAUGGCCCAACUCUUCAUCGACGGUAAACCCUACGGGCCUCAUCCUUUUGUUGUUCAAGUCAGAGACAUGAAGACCCACGAGCCCCUGCCAGGCGUCCAUGUUGGCGACAUUGGCCCUAAAUUUGGAUACAACACGAUGGACAAUGGUUUCCUACUAUUCAAGAACGUCAAAAUUCCUCACAUCAACAUGCUGGCUCGCUUCUCCAGUGUCGAUCCAACACCAACAAAUAUUACUAUCGUCCUGCAGGCGGGCUCCACUCUCGCCAGAGGCGUCACGAUUGCUACUCGUUAUUGUGCUGUACGACGACAGUUUCAAGAUCGGGACAUCCAUGAGCCUGGUGAAAACCAAGUGCUCAACUACACCAUGGUCCAGAUCCGACUGCUUCCAUUGCUCGCAGCAACUUACGCCCUACACUUUACGGGAAAGAGUAUGAUCAGACUUUACCAGGAGAAUCAGAAACGCAUGAGCGCUGGCGAUGCUGGAAAAUUGUCCGACUCGACUCGGGGGCCAGGACCCGAAGAGCUCAAUCCAGGCACCGAUCUGCUAGCCGACUUGCACUCGACGAGUUGUGCGUUGAAAGCCUUUGGCUCUACCACCGCCGCAGAAGGUCUGGAAGUCUGCCGCCGUGCCUGCGGCGGCCACGGUUACUCGUCCUUCUCUGGAAUCGGUACCUGGUAUGCUGAUUACCUGCCCACAGUGACUUGGGAAGGCGACAACUACAUGCUCACGCAGCAGGUUUCUCGGUACCUCUUGAAAUCUGCUCGAAGUGUCCUCCAGGGAAAGGCGGCGAAGAACGAUACUACGCGGAUCCUGAUUGAUUUCAUCAGCCGCCGCGACAUUGGCUGUGCAUUCGACGUGAUUGGCAACGACGAAGACCUGGUCGCGGCAUUCGCCUGGCGUGUAUCAUUCUUGACAUUUGAAGCUCUCCGCCACCGCGAUGAGGACAAGCAGUCCUGGAACUCCUUGCUUGUGGACUUCUGGCGCCUGUCUACGGCACAUGCCCAAUAUAUGAUCGUCAAGAACUUCCAUGACGCGCUGCGCGACCCAGGAACCAAAAAGGAGUUGGACGCUAAUACGGUGGCUCUGUUGCAUAAGUUGUUCCGUCUUUAUGCUCUGCAUACGCUCGAACGCGAAGCAUCAGAAUUCUAUUCUUCCGCCGCUGUGACAGUGCGCCAGAUCACGUUGGCACGCACCAAGACGGUGAUGAAAUUGCUCGAGGAGAUUCGCCCACAUGCUGUUCGAUUGGUCGACGCGUGGAAGUUCCCUGACUGGCAGCUUGACUCAUCUCUGGGAAGGUACGAUGGAAACGUUUACGAGGACAUGUUCCACAGAGCAAGCGAGUUGAACCCACUUAAUAACAUAGUGUUUGAUCCGUACCCGGACUCCAAGACACUAUUCAAGAAGGAUGAGAGAAAGGAUUUGAGGAGCAAAUUGUGA